ACUGCUUCUCGUUUAGUAGGAAUGUGGACCGAUCAACAACAAGCCUCUUCACAACAAUCUUAUACUCAUUAUCGGCAUUUGUCGCCUAAUGCCAAUCAAUACUCCCAAACUUCGACAAUGGCUGGAUCAAAUUCAACCCAAGUUAUCAAUACAGUGGAUGCUUUUGCUAAUAGGAAAUCUUCGGCUACAACUCCGAUCACGUCACCAAUAAAAAAUCCUCUAGAUCUCGCAUCUGAAAAAUCACCAUAUCCUUAUGCAACUUUGAUUACUUAUGCAAUUGCAAAUUCUCCUAAUAAACAACUCACAUUAAAUGAAAUUUACAAUUGGAUUAUAGAGAAUUAUCCUUACUAUAAGACCACCGGUAAUGCAAGCAUCCAACAACAAAUAAUGUCUUAUACUGAUGCUAGUAUUAGUAAUAUUGCCGCUUAUGAUACUAAUAGCCACGCUCAUGUGGACAGGCAUGAUGCUACCGCUUUUAGCAGAUAUA